UCCUCUAAUUUCAUCUGAUUUUCGUGUAUCAAGGAUGAAGAAACCCAUGAAGCGAAGGAACAAUAGACUGCUCGAGGCAGUUUUACACUAUCUCAAAUCAGACACUUACUUGUUUGCUCCUCUGAUCUCUCCUCCUCCGACUGGUUUUACGGAAACAAAUACUCCCUCUUCUUCCUCUCCUCUUUCCGAAAGAUCAGAAAUGAAAGAAGCAAGCAGAGGAGAUAGUUCGGGAAUGCUGACGAACGUUGGGGAGUAUCUUAAGUCUGAUUCUUUUAUGGCCCCUUGGUUGCUCCUCAGCCAAUUAGUUCUUCUCCAAGUGGUACUCUUUCUUCUCCUUGUUCUCGUCUUGUUUGAAUGAAAUUUGAAUUAGU